ACAUCUGGACGAGCCCCGCCUGGGCCCGAGCCUGCGGAGGAUGGAAACACCCCCCGCACCAUGUCUCUGGGCCGUCUCCUUCGCCGGGCCUCCUCCAAAGCCUCGGACCUCCUGACCCUCACCCCUGGUGGCAGUGGCGGGUCCCCCUCCGUCCUGGAUGGGGAGAUCAUCUACUCCAAGAACAAUGUCUGCGUGCACCCGCCCCAGGGGCUGCAGGGGCUGGGGGAGCACCACCCAGGCUACCUGUGCUUGUGCGUGGAGAAGGACGAGGUGCUGGGGAGCACCCUCAUCCUCACGUGGGUGCCCAACUCGAGGAUCCAGCGGCAGGACGAGGAGGCGCUCCGCUACAUCACCCCGGAGAGCUCCCCGGUGCGCAAGGCGCCCCGCCCGCGGGGCCGGCGUGCCCAGAGCCUGGGGGCCCCCCGCCAGCCCUCCCCUACGGAGGUCAGGCCCGCCCUGAUCCCCAGAGACGAGGACACCGCGGCGGUGGCGGCUCAGAGCGUCAGGGAUGCCAUGCCCGUCAGCCCUAACCCCCCUUCUGAGGACCGGGAGAAGCCGGUCCAGGGCUUGGAGGUGGCCCUGCCACCAGCCCACAGCGACCCCGGGAUCCUGUCGGCCGUCAGCUCGCAGGAUGGGGCCGAGGAGGGGCGGGAGCCUCCGGCCGGCGAGGAAGAGGGCUCCCCGGAGUUGUCAGCCGAGGGCGUGAGCAGGGACAGCUCCUUCGACUCGGAUUCCGACGCCUUCUCUUCGCCCUUCUGCCUCUCGCCCAUCAGCACCGCCCUUGUGGACAGCGGCGGCUCCGUGUUCCUGGACAGCGAGAGCAGCUCCCCCUGCGGCCCCGACGGCCAGCUGCGCUUCCCGGACGCCGAGGGCCAGCUGGCGGCGCCGCGCUGGGAAGAGCCCCAGAGGGCCUGCACCCCGGAGCAGAUCUGCGGCGUGUUCCGCGUGGACCUGGGCCACAUGCGCUCCCUCAGGCUCUUCUUCAGCGACGAGGCCUGCACCAGCGGCCAGCUGGUCAUCGCCAGCCGGGAGAGCCAGUUCAAGGUCUUCCACCUCCACCACGGCGGCCUGGACAAGCUGGGUGACGUGUUCCAGCGCUGGAGACACUGUGCCGAGACACACCUCAAGGGCCAGGGCUCUGCGUGCCGCGGAGGGGGGUGGCCUUCGCGUCCCGGGAGGGCGGGCUGGCCUCCACAGCUUCAACCCCGAGGCGCUCAUCGCCCGAGCUGCCGCCCCGGCCAGCAGGUCGCCGAUGAAAAGACGUGCAUGCAGUUCUCCAUCCGGCGGCCCAAGCUGCCCUCGUCGGAGACGCACCCCGAGGAGAGCAUGUACCAGAGGCUGGACGCGGCGGCCUGGCUGCGCCACCUGAACGAGCUGGGCCAGGUGGAGCAGGAGUACAAGCUGCGCAAGGCCAUUUUCUUCGGCGGCAUUGACGUGUCGAUCCGGGGGGAGGUCUGGCCCUUCCUGCUGCGGUUUUACAGCCACGGGUCCACGUCGCAGGAGAGGGAGGCGCUGCGGGCGCAGAAGCGAAAGGAAUACGCAGAGAUCCAGCAGAGGAGGCUCUCCAUGACCCCUGAGGAGCACAGAGCCUUCUGGCGCAACGUGCAGUUCACCGUGGACAAGGACGUGGUGCGGACAGAUCGGAGCAACCAGUUCUUCCGGGGGGAGGACAAUCCCAACGUGGAGAGCAUGAGGAGAAUCCUGCUCAACUACGCUGUGUACAACCCGGCCACUGGCUACUCCCAGGGCAUGUCGGACCUGCUGGCGCCCAUCCUGGCCGAGGUCCUGGACGAGUCAGACACCUUCUGGUGCUUUGUGGGCCUGAUGCAGAACACGAUCUUCGUCAGCUCUCCGCGGGACGAGGACAUGGAGAAGCAGCUGCUCUACCUGCGGGAGCUGCUGCGGCUGGCGCGCCCGCGCUUCUACCGGCACCUGGUCUCGCUGGGGGAGGACGGGCUGCAGAUGCUCUUCUGCCACCGCUGGCUCCUGCUGUGUUUCAAGCGCGAAUUCCCCGAGGCCGAGGCGCUGCGGAUCUGGGAGGCCUGCUGGGCCCACUACCAGACGGAUUACUUCCACCUUUUCAUCUGCGUGGCCAUCGUGGCCAUUUACGGGGAUGACGUCAUUGAGCAGCAGCUGGCCACCGACCAGAUGCUCCUGCACUUUGGAAACCUGGCCAUGCAUAUGAACGGAGAGCUGGUUCUCAGGAAGGCGCGGAGUCUGCUGCACCAGUUCCGCCUCCUGGCCCCCAUCCCCUGCAGCCUGCACGACCUCUGUAAGACGUGCGGCCCCGGCAUGUGGGACAGCGGCUACAUCCCCGCGGUGGAGUGCACAGGCCACCCCGGGUCAGAGAGCUGCCCCUACGGGGGCACGGUGGCGACGCCUUCGCCCAGGCCCCCCAGAGAAGGCAAGAAGGGCGCCAAGAAUCCUCGGGAAGGCUUUGGUUUCCGCAGAUAGCUCGUGCUCCCUGCGCGCCGUGCGGAGGGCCUGGGCAUGUGGGAGGGGGGUGGGAUGGACAUGGAGGGGACGGGGACCGUAGACACAAGGAAAAAGAGACUUGAGGCAACAGGAAGGGAACCUUUUCGUAUUCGUGACCUAAGCAGAGACUCGGAGUGACAUAACCUGCCAGCUGCCCAGAGAAAAGUCACCUCGGGAAGCCGUGGGGCCAGAACGCAGGCAGUUUCACCUGCCGAUGCAGGCUGGCUGGGUGUCCCUGCGCCCCAGGGGCUCCCCCAGCUCCAGCGCCAGCCCCAGGCAGGGAGAGGGGACCAGAAGGCCAGUUCCCCCAGCAGCACAGGGAGCACAGAGCAGAACGGGUCCCGCCCAGCCCCGAGACACCUCUGCAAGCUGGACACAUGUCCUCAUCAGGCCCCAUUUUCCGACUGAGUCAGUCUCACUUUCCACAGCUUCAAAGCUAAUAUGAAGAUGUCUGCAACAAAACAAAACAAAACAACACAAAACAAAAGCCUGGUGAUUCCAGGAUAGAGAGGUGUAGGCGCAGUGCAGGGUCUGAGAAGCCGGGGCUUUUCAGUGCCCGUUUAGACAUUUUCUGCCCCUGGUAUCAGCCCAAGCCUCGAGCUGUCGGGAGUCGUCGGACUGCCCUCCCGUGGUGGAGGCGGCUCUAGGUGAGCUUCUUUGACAUUGUUGAAGGUCCAUGUCACCAAACACAGAGACCAGCUGGGGGCCGGGUGUGCAGGCAGGAUCGACAAUGUCUGAGGGAAGGGGUAGUGCGUUGAAUGACCAAGACGGAGGCCCCGAGAGAACCGGAAAGACUCCCGCGUCCCUGCAGGGCCCGCGCGGCCUGAACAUGGGCCUCUGUAAGUCAGCUGCGCGGGGGCGGGGCGCGGCCGGGACCACGGCGACAUAGCCAGCACUCGGGGCACAGUUGCCCCUUCCGGGUCUGACGGUGGACAGGGGGGGUGCGGGGGCGUCCCCGGCCAACUGAAGAGCAGCCAGCCAUUUGCACAGAAGGCUGUUGCUUGAACCGUUGGGAUCGUGGAGGCGUGAAUUCCUCCCCGAAUCCUGCCUCGAAGGGCUCAUGGUGGAGACCCGGCCUCAGCUGAGGCUCCCUCCCCCUCUCGGCCUCCUCCCGGGAGAGCGGACCCUGCUGCUGGUGCCCGCGAGAAGGUGUGUAUCUGCAGGAGAGAGGAAGUUCCCGGCCCCCUUCCUUGAGGCUUCUCAGUCCCCCAUGAGCCCAAGUCCUUCCACACGCACGGCGGCCAGGAGUCCCCAGUGCACCUGUCCCGGAGCCUUCUGGGGAGACCCUCCUGGAGCCCCCACCCGCCCCCAGAUCCUGGGGUGCUGGCUGUUUGACCCCAGCAGCAGGGUGCAGGCUGGGUGGGGGUGGACUUCUGGGAAGAGGGGGUUGCCAUUCUGUGCCGGCCCCCAGCCUGCUCUGGGAAAAGCUUCAGCUGAGCGGGCGCUGCACCGAUCCUGCUGUAGACACCACAUCCGCACGACCAGGUGUAUCCGUUAUCCACUGCUACAGCAGUGCUGCCUAACAAAUGAGCCCCAAGCCCGUUGGUCUCAUGCAUGGCCUGAGGCUCCUUGGUUUAGGCCGGGCACUUGUAGUCUCAGCGGGGUGUGUUUGGGGUGGUUACACCCCAGCGGGGUGCUCACGCCUAGACAAGUUACUACUGGCACUGGGCCGUGUCUCUCACAUCCCCCCCGCCCCCCCUCACACACACACCCUCCCGCGAGCUAGCCCAGUCUGGGCAAAAGUCCCAAAACAGAAGUGCACGGGUCCUUUCCCAAGCCUUGGGGGAGGCCACACCUGCCGUCAUCCCAUUGCCAGAGCAAGUCACGCGGCCGUGCUCAGCACCCAGGGGCGGGGACUGAACCAUCCCCUUUAGCAAGAGGAGCCACCCAGGGACGGCCGGGCUGGGAAUUCAGAGGGUGAGAAAGUGUAGAUCUGCCACCACCUCCGGGAAGUCUUGGUCCAAGUAACCCUGUGUGGGAGCCCUCCCGGCAGGGGCAUGGCUUCCCCUGCAAAGGCAGGAGGUGCCCAAGGGGACAGAGGGUGCUUCUGGGCUCACCUGCCUGGCCGGGCAGCCUCCAUGCAUUUCACUGAGAUACCUGUGCCUUUGAGCUGCUGUGUAUGGGGGGCGGGGGCGUCCAGGCAAUCCCUUCACUUUGGAGGGCCCUGGGUGCAAAGCAUUCAUGCUGAAUCUCCCAAGACCCCUUACAAGUGCUGCCCACCCUCGCUGCCCCCGCCUCACACCCCUGGGCGCCGAGCCGGCCCCCAGCGAGACCUUCGCCUCUCAGAGCAGCCAGAGACCUGGAUGUGUGGGCUCUUGGAGGAAAGGCUUUCUGGAAGGCCAGGGAAGGCCCGCCUGGCAGGGCUCCCUUAAUCUGGAUGCAAUUAGAGGAAACCAGCCAAAAACCCUGCGGCAGCUGUUGCCCCGGGAUUAUUCCCAGCCAGCAAAAGGCAUUAGGGUGAUAAUUCCGUCAUUAGACUUCUAGCCUUCCCACCUCCAAAACGUGCAAAUAUGGGAUAAUCAGCCGGCACGGCCGUCGUCGGUGAUGCUGCUUAUUUAACCCAUUUUUUUAAAUGACACUUAAUGUUAUUGGCUGGUGUGCGUGUGUGCGCAUACUUAAUUUCCCCACCGCUAAUGUCUGUGCUGACGCGACACGACGUUGUCGGGCCCCUGGGAAGAGAGGGGGCCUUCGAUGCGCAUGCGCUAGCGUGGAAGGCCCGCCGGGGCUGCAAGGCAGGGGCUCGCCGGCCCUGGGGAGGGGCGCUCGCGCAGGGAAGAAGGGAAGGCGGCGGGAUGCGGGGCCCUGGAGGGGGGCAUGGGAUGCCCAGGCUGGUGCGGUCGGGGCCUGGUUAGGCGCAGGGAACGCUGUUCUGUCCCAGAAGGCUCCAAUUCAAGUCCCAGCCCGGAAGACUGGGACUCACGGGUGAUGAGAAUUGGCGUCCCUGAGCUAAUCAGUGUGGGGGCCCGGACCACCUCCUCGGGGAGGGGGCUCUGCGGUCCAGAAGGGGUGGCCCCGGUCUGGGUGUCAUCAGCAGCACGUUGUCCUGAUGGACCGCCUGUCAGGCAGGACGGAGGUUCUAAAGUCCAGGACCCCAAGCGUGUGUCCCUUUGAGCCUCCCCGUGAGGGCGCUGCCUGAAGCCCCGUGGGCGGUGGGCGGCGGCCGGGCAGGGUGAAACUUCCGUCCGAAACACACGCUUCUCCCCGGCCGAGUGGCGGCGGCAGCUGGCAGGUGGUGGGGCGAUGCUCUGCGGCUUAACCCUGGGCUUCGGCGAGGUCCCUCUGAGCUCUCUUGGCCCUUCCUUGUUUGGGAAGAGUCCCGUGGUUGUCCUCAAGGUGUUGGGAAUCUGCUCGUGGCACUGCCCCACCCCUGCGGAAGCCUCCAUCCUCUGUCUGGCCUCCCCUCCCCCACAGGGAGGCUGGAGGGCGUCAGGGACUCCUGGCUUCGCUCUGCAAAGAGAAGGAAGCCUAGUCCAGUCUGCGUGCCCUCAGUGGAGGAUCCGCACUGGUGCAGGGGCGUGGGCUGGGCCAGAGGAGGUGGCCUACGGCUCAGGGAGGGGCGCCUCCAGCUGGACCUGCCACCUCCCCAGAGACUCAGGGAACCAGACAGCCCAGGAUCUGAUUAGCCCUGCGUGUCCGCUGGAAUGAAGACAUUGUGUCUGGACAUUCCCGCCUCAGAGGGAAUUGCCAGCUCAUUCCCUCCAAGGUUGUGAAGCCUGAGGCCGGGGCUCCCUGGAGGGGGUGAGCAGUGUGGCCUCUCUGAGCCUCAGUUUCCCCAUCUGUAGAAUGGGAAUGAUGGGACCCACCCAACCCGCCUCACCGCUGGCCGCAGGGCCUUUCCGUGUAAAAGCUGUCCUAAAGGUGGCCCAUGCCUCAGGGGCCCUUGUGCGCCACUCAGGGAAGAGACCGCUGACCCCGGCCUUCAGCGGCCUUGCCUGAGAGUCACAACGGACCCCCGCUCCGGAGCUCUCCCUGCUUCGGGAGUCAGCGGACCCGCUCCCUCUCACGUGCCCACCUUGCUGUGUGAGCCUGGCCGGCGGGAAGCCCCUCUGUGCCUCUUCUGUAAGAUCCACCCCGUGCCACCCCGCUCCUGCCACCAAGAAACGUCAGCCAUGACCCGUAACCUCAGUGACCCUGUGAGAUGCCUGUCUGUGUGGGCACGCAAGCUCUUCGGCAGGGGUGCGGUGCGUGGACAUGAGCUCGCCCCGCCCCACACUGGGACGCUGGCCUCCUGGGUCAGUGCUGUGGGACCGGGGCAGGGACAGAGGUGCACGCAGCCCGCAGGCAUCUGGCCUUCCAGACUCCUGGCGCUGACUUUCCAGGUGGGAAGAUAGCCUUUCAGACGCGAAGAGGGCCCGGGCCGCCUGCGCUGCAGCGUCUCGGGAGCGGCCGGGGUCUGCUGGUCACGGGAAAGCUCAGCAAAUGUCCAUCCUUUUCGACAGAUUACCGGUGUCCAUGGCCAGCGAUUCUUCCUCUGUGUUUUCUUUGCUUUUGUCUUGUUUUGUAAAUACAGUCACCUGCCAGGCGGGCCCUGGGCCAGGCCCAGGACUGGUCACCGUGACGCCUGGCCGCCACGGCUCCCCAUCAGUGCCGCUGGCUGUCACGGAUUCCCCUGCGAAGCAAAUAAAAUUGUACAGAUGGCAAA